AUGAAUUAUAUCUACGUGGGAUGUUUCAUUCUUUUAGCAUUUUUUACUGUAAGAAGUAAAUUUUUCACCUGAUGUCACAUGCCAUGUUUCUUGUUUGAAUUGUCUGUGAAGGUUCAUUAAUUUUGUUACUAAAUCUUCUUCUCUUACCUUCAUAGGUUCGAGUUUCGACUCUAAGAAAGCAAGUACGAACCGAAGGUAAUGUAUACUUAAGUUUAUUUAUUUUUUUUUUGUCCUCUCAAAAUACGAACAGAUAUAAUUGCUAAACGGUCUAAAAGGAAAAAAAUAGUCUUAACUAAGACUUAAGCUCAUGGCGACAGUUCUACUACUUAACUGUUAACGAUAAAUGGGUUUCUCCUCCUGAAGUGAAUGCCUUCCCACCAAUACACGAAACUUCAAUCACACAGAUGGAGUUUCACUCUAAAAAUUGAUAUCAAAUAUUAAGUCCCCAGUGAACAAAAUACCAAUAUUUUAAGGAAAGGAGACUACUGUAAAUUUGACCAUCAAACGUCGAAAAAAGAAAAGUUUUUCUGUCUCAUUUUUCGUUAAGCGAAACUGAGGUUUGUAAGAAUGUCAAAUUGUACACGAGGACGUAAAUUUAAACCAAAAUUCAGUGUACCUUCUCUAUUAAUAAUCAUUAAUUAAAUAGAUUUUAGAGUAUUAGUUACACAGUUUGGUUUCAAGAGAGGAAAAUUUUGGAAAUUUUUGAAUCAUGAAAAAUUUAUCAACCAGUGGGUCGUUAAGGAAGAUAUGUUAAAUAAUUAAGGUAAAAUUGCUGAUAGCCUAUUACUGUGCUCUGUAAAUUAUUGAUUUCUUUGGCACAACUGCCAACAUUUGCUUACACCAAAAGAAGCAUUAUCACAAAAUUAUCACACUUUUUCAUGAGCACAUUUAUAAAAGCUUUCCAAGGCGAGGUACAGAUCUGACCGAUAGUAUUAUAAACCAGCUUAGAUUUACAACAGCCUACUUUUUUGAAGAUGUGUUUGAUUCUUCUUCAAAAAAAAACAAUGCAUAUGACUGACGGUCGGUUAUUUUUCCUUUGGCGGAGAAAUUACUGGAAAAUUCGGUAGUUGAGAACAUAGAGACCGGCUUUUUAAAAAUUUAUCGUAUUCUCUCUAAAAUAAACAUUUUUCAGUUCAUUCAUAAUCAUUUUCUUUCUAACAGCUCAAAAAUUAAAAUUGCCAGAUACAAGAGAAAAAAACCAAAUAAAGGUAGACAUGUGUAAAGCGCAAGCAAAAACAAAAAGAAAUAAUUGUAUUAAGGUAACUGAAUAAGCGCUCUGUGCAGUAGAGUUCUGUGAACUGUUGGUGCACGAUAUGUGAUCUUAUGUUUCGAUGAAGACGAAGCAUUUUAUUGACAUAGUUGAAAAAAGGGAUUACGUACAUAUUAUCUUCAAACGAAGUCGAGCUUAAAUUCCCCGUUUUCAGUACAUGACAGCUUCGUUGAUUUCCUCACUGGUUUAACGUCUCAACUCUAGUGGCGUUUUUCCAUUGUGCUACACCCUGGUUAGUUACCUAGAUUGCGGCCAAAUUAGAAUGGGGUCGUUACAUUGUGCUCUUAGGAGAGACAUUUCACUCUAACUUACAUCUGUAUGCCAGGAGUUUGAAUCAGUUGCCGUGAACCGUCAGCCCGUGAAAUUCAAGAAAUGUUGAGAGUAACCUGAGAUUAGUUAUGGUGGUCGGCCUCUUAUUUGGCCGGUAGUAUACUCAAAGAGAGUGAUUUUGUUAGAUCAUAAUAUGACGUUUUCCUCUUCAUUCAGAGUACAAGGGUUGUUUUGCCAUCAACGAAGAGGAACGUUUGUUUAUCUCCAGUCCGGGAGAUUAUGAUAUGCAAGAUAUUAGUCCACUGCAUUGCCUGCGGCAGUGCGGUAGGAAAUACCAUUAUGCUGCCCUAGAGGAGGGAGAUAUAUGUCUCUGCGCAAACUCAUUACCAGUCGAGGCAGUUAAUGAUUCUGAAUGUGAUAUGAAGUGUCCUGGUUCUGAGAGCUGGACUAACGAAGCACGAGAAUGGCUUAGGUAAGGCAUGAAAGAUAAGAAUUAACUGGGGAGAAACAGAAAAGCAUGCUUAAGGUUAGGGUCAAUCCAAAGUUCUCAUCGAACAAUAUAUCUUGUGACAUGUCAAAAAGCGAUAAAAAAAAACUAUUUUGCACAUUAUGAGAGGAAAACCUGUAGACUGGAAGCUAGACAAAAUCUUCUGCUAGUUUCGCUUUGAUAGAUUGCACAAUAAAGCUAGUUGUUAAUUUUUUAAUACAGAGUAGAGUGAGUAUUCAGCAAUAUUUCCAAUUUUCCAGUAUCGGGUAGAUAUACCACAUCUGCUAAACGUAAAGAAUGUAGUUUUAAAUUUAAAAUAAUCAGAAUUGCAACUCUGAUGUUGUAGUGUCGUAUCUUUAAGAAUGCGUUCAGAACGACUAAUUGACUGUAUGUUAACUAUAAAUAUUUAUGUUUUGAAGUGUAUUUAAGUGUGGUGAAAUUGAUUAAAGGGGAUUGUAAGUUGUGACCGAAUAAUCGGAAUAUUUGUAGACUUUAUAGAUCUCUCAUCAAGCUGAACGCUCAAUACAGUUUUUUUUCGGUUAAUUUUGGGAAAUUUGCUAGUGUCUGCCUCUAUACAGGAUUUCAGCUUACCUGAUGAAUUUAAUUUAAGGUAAAAUGGUACAUACAACGGUUUUGUUAUUCCUCACCUCCCUCAGAUGCGGUGGUCGAUUAAGAAACAGCAUAUACUCGGCAUCUGAGAGGAUACUGGGUUUGAGUCUUAUGAACACACGUCAUUUGCCAGUGCUGAAACCAGUCACAAUAUCCGGGAAUUUGACCAAUGGAAUGAACGUUACAUUCUCUUUCGACCUCGGUGAUGGUUCGAAAUCGUUAGAGCCAUCGAACGUGCCUCAAGUUCGUCAUAUCUACGACCAGCCAGGAUCAUACAUUGUUUCCAUGACAGCAACCAAUCCUGUUACGGGAUCAAUAACUGUUUCACAGGUAACAUUAAUUAAUACCUCAUGCACACCAGCAAAACACGUGUAGUUAAACCAGGUUUAACUGAAUGAAAAUCAGAAACAGAGAAUUAAAAAACUUAAUUUUCUAUCGGUUUCAAGUAGUCACUAACUUUUUAUUUCAAAUGUGCUUAAUUUAAGGCAACAAAAAACGGUUUAAGAAGCUGCCAUGAAGAAAAAAAUAUUCAACCAUGUUUAACAAAAUGGCAAACAGCAAAAUAGCGAAACAGCAAACAUGUAUAAGCUUUGGUGUGAAUGGGGUAUAAGUGUAUAAGCAUGAAAAUACACAAAGAGGCCAUUUAGCACUAAAAGUUGACACAUGAGCAGAUAAAAGCGGUGACCGACAUAAGAUUGGUUCUGGCCGAACAUCUUUUUUGAGAGGGUGGGGUGUGCUAUCUGGACCAACCGCAGUUUCUCUCACUCAUAACACAGACAACAGAGGGGCGUAUCUCAAAUGAUUUUUAAAUUAUUGAAGUUUUCGUUCCAUUUGCCUGUAAUGAUGCAUUUCGAAAAUUUGGAAGGCACACUCGAACAAGUAAUACUUGUUUCACGUCAGUUGAAAUAUAGAUUUUAACACCGAGUUUCACAUGAAUAUUUCCUUUUGCUAGAUGUAUGACAUCGAUGAUCCAAUGGGGCACAUAGAACUGCUCUGCCCACACUCGGUUCCCUUGGGAUCCUGGAUAGAAUGCAAUGGUUCACUCAUCCGGGGCUCACGAAUCAACAACACUUUCUUCUUUGGUGAUGGAAGCUAUGAGUUCAUAUCUUUGAGUGAGUACCUUUAAUCACUUAAGCCAGUUGAAACGAAACGUAAUUCAUAGCUUAUUGCUAUGUAUAUUCGUACCAUUUUCUCAUCGUCUGUGUCAAAUUCAUAGUUAUCCGAUGAGGACGUGUUGGAUAAAAGAUGAUAAACAGCCACGAAGCACGUAACACUGAGUUGGCCAUAUCAAUCUCGUAUCCAAUUUAAAAGUUUUUUUAAUCGAUUUUCCACUUGUCGAUAUUGCGGUGGAAGAUUUCUAGACUUGUUUUCGCCGAUAAAAUGUUUUAUGAAUUGAAACGACAGGAAGUCACUACUUCUUCCAACUUUCAAAACGGCAAAAUGCACAGUCUAUUCAUUUCACUUUAUUUAGCUAAUUUGUCCUAAAAAUGCAUUACGAUGGAAAUAAUAAUAUUGACACAAUAAUUCAGUUAAUUCAAAUUUACAAAUAUAUAUAUACAGAUAGAUAGAUAAAUAAAAAGAAAAAAAUGGAGGUGUGACAGGGGAAAGAAACAGAACUUCUGUUCCAAUUGCUGUUUAACCCCCAUUUCACUAACACAUAUCAAUAUAUAUAUAUAUAUAUAUAUAUAUAUAUUAAUGUGUAAAUGUGGGGGUAGAGUCUACCUUGGCAUAAAGUGCUCAAUGCUGUGGUAGCAGAACUGAGUAUAUGUAAGUGAAAGAAUCAAAGAGGACGCAUCGAUUCUCUGUGACUCUCUCUAUAUAUAUAUAUAUGUAUACACACACACACACACACACACACACACACACACACACACACACACACACACACACACACACACACGCACACACACACACAUAUAUAUAUUGUGGGAGGAAAAAGAUAAUUAAACUACCAGUUCAUCCCUACAGGCCUGUUUCGUGGUUUCCCACUCAUCAGGGGAUUUUAAAUCCAUAAUUUCCCGAGUGGUUAUUGAACUCCUAAUUUCAGGGGUGGAAUUCAGUCUUCCUGCUGCUCGUGUCACGCAGAAUGUUUAAAUCCCCUGAUGAGUGGGCAACCACGAAACAGGUCUGUAGGAAUGGACUGGUAGUUUAUUUGUCUUUUUCCUCCCACAAUAUAUACAUCGCUCUACUCCUGUGUAUUGAGCACUGUUUUACCUAGUCACCUUUUUUACUAGGUUCUCGUUAUUACAACGCUGGGCCAGAAAUUCCUCGCAAUAAUGACACAUUUCACUCAAUCUUGCCAAGCCCUCAAGGGACGAUCGUAUCACCAGCUUAUGAGUUCCGACAUGAUGGCAAAGUCACUGAAUUCGAGUUUGAAGGAGCAAAGAUAGGAAACGUAAGAUUACAGGUAAGUAUUGUUAAUUUUCUCCCCAGCUUGAGAUAACUAACAUGUGACGAGUUAAUUCAAAUAAUGAAUUAUAUCCGUAGAUAUUCCGUCCUCGCUGCAACGCUGGCGAAAAGUAUUGUCUGUCCAACAAGUCGUGUGUGCUGGACGGUGAAACUUGUAAUCCUUCCACCAAGAACAAGUGCCAACCUUCUGAGAUUUUCUGCAUCUUCAGAAGGCGCUGCAUAGCAAAUAUCACAGAGACAAGAAAAACAUGUGCUCCACUAGUGCCGCAUCAGACCAACGUACCCAGGGCGGAUUAUGAGCUCAUAUCUGAGAACCUGAUUACUAUUGAAACCGUGGGUCAUCAUAUUAAGACUUUACCGACGAACGAGCAGCCCUCCGUGAGACAAGGAGAUGUUCUUGGUUGGAUUUCCGCCGGCGGGGAUCUCGCAUUUAGAGAGAUUAAUCCAGCUGACGGAGCAGCUUUCGAAUUCGAGUACCACACCAACCCACAGAUAGGGGACAACCUGCUUAGGUCCAGCAAUCCCAGCAUGCAUCACAGGCACUAUAUCGUGGCAGCGCACUAUGUUCAUGCCGCGCACUUUGUCAUACGGCAUUUAUACAAAUCCACCGGUGUUAAACACUUGAUCUCGAACGUCACGCAAACUGUGCUAGUGGCAGUGGAUAUUCCUGUGGGCGAGGACGUCACGAUGAGCCAUCGAAGCAUCGUGAACACUCACGAAUCAGUUGUGUUUGAUGUUCCUUGGCAUUCUGGUUCCAACGUCACUCACAUAUGGGACUUUGGAGAUGGAAGCAUUGUGCGCACACAGUUAAACUCAACAACUCACAGGUAUACUUCGUCUGGAACUUUCUACAUAAAACUCACUGUUGCAAACUCUGUGAACAAAAUAGUUUUACAUUCAGUUAUCGCUGCCUUCGAUUUCAUAAAAGGUUUCAGAUUUUCGAAUCCAAUCGAAGCUAAGGCACUUGGCUUGCCGAGUGAAAUCAAGUGGGAAGCAGCUGAAGGUACUAAUAUAACUUACGUGGUGGACUUUGGAGAUGGCAGUCCCCGAUAUGAAAAAGCCACUACAUUGGAUGAAAGUCGCAACUGCUCCACUACUCAUCUGUAUUCCGCUGUAGGAAACUAUACAGUCUCUGUUUUUGCUUUCAACCUGGUUGGUCCGAAUAUUUCCAUAAUUUCCCAGGCGGUUAUUGAAAUCCCAGUUUCAGAGGUGGAAUUCAGUCUUCCUGCUGCUCAUGUCACGCAGAAUGUUUACUUUGCUGUGGGCGAUACAGUCAGUGUUAACCGUGUCGUGCGCAAUGGUACCAACGUUAGGUGUUCGUUCGAUUUCAAGGAUGGGACACCACCGAGAGUAAGUAACGAUUACAGCACGAGCCAUGUCUAUAACGAGGUUGGAGUUUACAAGGUAGAGAUCACAUGUUAUAAUGCUGUCAAUUCGGUCAAGCGACUUCUCAACGCAACGGUCGUGGUCCAGAAUAUUGAAAACAUCACAGGACUCACCUUAAGUGCUGAUCCUGCCGUUUUUAAGAACGACUCAGGGAUCACUGUUCACAUGGCAACGGGAACAGUUUUUUUCUGCACUAUUUACUUUGGAGACGGAGACACGCUUGGGAUCGACUACACACACCUCAACAAGCCUCUUUUCCAUUAUUAUCCAGCGAUUGGCUCUUACAACAUCUCUGUAAAGUGUCAUAAUCGUCUGGGAGAAGCGGAAGUCACAGACAUUCACGAUGUGGACAUUCCUAUUAAAGGCGUGACGGUAACAAGCCAGAAAAGGUUCAUCCGAGUGCAUGAAAGCGUUGCUAUUAACAUCGGAGUUAAGGAGGGUUCCCGGAUAACAUACGUUUGGGACUAUAGCGAUGGUAGCACAGACACAAUCUACCGUACUUUGGCGGACCAAAACAAACUUUUAUCCAGCUAUCAUGCAUUUGCUAGACAAGGUACAUUUCCCGUGAGGGUUACAGUUUCAAACUCUUUGUCGCCUGUUUUUGUGGACUUAGCCGAAGCUUUAGUCGUUGAGAAUCCAGUAGCAAGCCUUUCUCUCUCGACAAACAGCCCUAUAAGGCUAAACCCCGGUAUAGCCAUAUUCAGCCUGAGUUUAGUAGCCAAUGUGACGCCUCCGACUGAUGCGGUCAGCGUUUGGAAUUUUGCGGAUGGAUCCGGUCUCACACAGAGUGCGCCUUUUAUAAUUUCAGCUUCACAGCUGUUUGUAAAGAGGCACACGUAUAGAUGGGAGGGGAUCUUUACAGCAUCGGUAAACAUUUCCAACAAUGUUAGCAAUCUCGUUCUAACAGCGGAUAUCGAUGUACAAGAGAUCAGAGAUGUCAGUAUCAGUGUGAUGCGAAUUGAAGAAGGAGUACGAACGGAAGGCUUCGGAGAGUUGAAAAACUUUUUCCGUUCCACGGAAACUGUGUUUUUUAACGUCACGAUGCAAGCCAAAGAUGUACGUUAUACAUGGGACUUCGGGGAUGGAUCGCCUCUAAAUGUCACUUUGGAAUCAUACACAACACAUGUGUACAACCGUUCUGGGAUUUACACAGCUGGAGUGACUGUAGAUAAUAUUUUAGCUACAAUGCAUGCCAUCAAAGACAUUGUUACAGAGAAAGUGGUCGAAAAGAUAUCGAUGAACGCUAGUUUUCCGACGUAUUACGGCGACCCAACGUAUUUCACCAUUUAUAUCGAGGAGCCUGGAACAGACACAUGUCUGACUUUGGAUUUUCAGGAUUCGCACGUAACGUUCAUGGGUGAGCCACGCUGCAGACCUUCAUUACUACCCCUUAAUAACAAAUUUCUUGAGUUGAAUUCCAACCAGACUAAAGUUGAGCUUAUUCAUGAAUACGAUGACAUGGGGUCGUACCCUGUAAAGCUUUCAGCUUACAACACUGUCUCAAAGAAAGUUGCAAGCGCUCUUGUGAAUAUUACUACCAGUCCAUGCAAUAUACCUACAGUGAAAAUUGUUGGAGAAGAUUUCAAAGAUCCGCCAGAUAAGAUUCAAAAGUCUCAAAUGCUUACCUUAAUGCACGAAGUUUCCUCUAGGUGUCCUGUGGCCGCCAGUACUGUCUUUACUUGGGGUGUCUUCCUCGUAACCUAUGACGACCCAAAUAACGAAAGCAUUCCAAUUCCGGAUUUGUCUGUGGACCUUGUGCGUAUUCUUAAAACUCCCGUUACGGUGGACGCUUUGCGGUUGGCAGAUUUGCUCAUAAAAGAAAGGAGGCUUCCGUUCGGUUAUAUCAAGUUUAAGCUCACAGUCAGUUUUAUCGGAAAGGAUCGGGACUUGUCGGAAUUCUCCGGCACGGACAGUGUAUGGAUUGAAGUAAAGCGUUCUGAAAUGACCGCAGUAAUAAGAGGUAUGAGGAGAAAAAACAGCUCGUACCCUAAUUUCAAGUUUAUACAUCUCGUGGCCAUUCAAGUUUUUGUAGCUCUCUCUUCAUUUCUAUCUUUAGCGCCUUAAGAAGCAAAUAUGUCCUGAAUAAAAUUCCAUUCAGGGAAGAACGAUGAGAUAAGCUAUUUUUUGGGGGGGUAUGGCGGUCUUUCAUACAAACUCAUCAAAAAACAGCUUUAUUUGAGUAAUUUGUUAAAUAUACCGUCGAACUGUAAGGGUAGCCUUAGAGAACUUGGUUGGAAUCAGAGAAUUCAGAAAAAGAGGUUGGAAAAAGGAAAAUAAAAAAACAGCUUUGACAAGACAGUCAUGGUGCAUUUUAGCCUGAAGCCUUACGUGAUGCCAUUCAAACGGCGAUUUUGAAAAUGAGGAAAUUAUGUUCCUCAGGAGGGGAACCGCAGCCCCCAGGGCCCCAAAUUAAAUGUACCGAUGGAAUUAAAAGAAAUGGGAAUGUAAAGUCACCAGUAGGUUGACUGAGUUGCAAAGUGUACGGCUGUAAUGUAACAAAAGGGAUGUUAGUUAAAAUUCAAUUGCAAGCAUGAUCAUAUGCAUGUAAAUAGGAUUCUUUCUAUGUAUUUCAGGUAGUUUCAAGCGUUCCGUUGGCUACCAAUUACCCUUAAUUUUGGAUGCGUCUGACUCUAAUGACCCAGAUUUUCCAGAUGACAAGAAUGGCAUCGAGUACACUUGGAUGUGUAAGAAGGUAAAUGAAGAGUUCCCAGCAACCACUUCAUUGCCAGGUGAAAGUGGUGGAUGUUGGGAAAAUGGGACAUACGUUUUUGGUGGCGAUAAUGAAAUAGCUUCAGUGUUCACGGGAGACUUCUAUCAAAACACUAUGUAUGAUUUCAGAGUAAUAGCGAAGAAGGAUACACGCAGGAGCCACUACGACCAAAGGGUCGAAGUUCUACAAGGACAACCGCCGACCAUGGUGAUAGAGUGAGUUCAAAUCUUAGUUUAAGCUGCUAAUGUCGGCUAAUUUCGUUUUACCUUAUUUUAUUUCACUCGUAGCAGUGGAGAGUCCAUUACUAAACUUGGUUUGGAAAAAAAGCACCACAAUCUUUCCUACUCUGAAACAAUUUCCUGGAUGCGAUUGAAAAUAGUAUAUCUUCCAAUGUGAGAAAAGUCAUAUCUCUAAGGAGGACGAAUUUGCGUUUGUUCUUGUUUUCGAUUCACUUAGAUGUUUAUCUGUUAGUCUCUCAAUUUUCUUUUUCAAAAACAAAAAGAAGACAAUUGUUGCAAUCAAAAGGAAAAAGGGUAGUAAAGCCAAUGAAUUUGUUUCACUAAGAACAUGUCCAAUCGGCAAAAGAACGAGAUUUCUCGUGUACCGCCGUAAUCAUCCGACGAGACAAGGAAUAGGUCAUUGUACCGGGUAAACCUUUCAGUCUCAUUUGACUUAAUGAAACUUUUGUCAACAGUUAUAUUGACCCUUUUUUGAUGAAUGCAUCAAACUCGCAUGCAAAUAUAACGUAUUCAUGUUUGCUCUCCAGGUAUGUGUUCAAUGUGCUUGCAAAGAAAAACCCUUUCAAACGACUAAUCAUGGAGAGUCGGUGCAUCGACUGCGGGCUUAGUGACCGCCUUGGGUAUCAGUGGAAACUCUCCCUGCUGCUCGAAGAAGCAAAGAAAGAUGACGAUAGUGCCUGGGAGGAGAAAACGGACUGGACGGAUUAUACCCAAGCCACAGGACUGGACGCAUCAAGUUUGAUUAUCGAGGCUGGAUAUCUGAUACCCGGACGCACGUACAGACUACAACUUAAUGCCUGGAGACCAGGAGGGUAUCCAGGAGGUUAUGUAAUAGAGGAGAUGACUAUGAACAUUGCCCCAUCAGGGGGUACGUGCAGUGUCCCUGUGUCUGAAGGCUUUGCUUUGGAAACUCUGUUUAAUGUCGUAUGCGAAGGAUGGUCGGAUCCAGAUGUACCUCUUUCUUAUUUGAUAGGUAGGACUGAUUAAAAGGGUCAGAGAUAGUGUGAGUCUGAGAAUUGUCGAGAAAAACUUUCAGAGUACGAGUAGAGCAGUAUCGGCGAAUGAUGACAAAAAAAAGCCAGCAAUCCAACUUAAGAAUUGAUCAUGGCGAGAAUGACAGCGCAACGGUUGAAAGUUAGAAAUAUUUUGCUAACACCUAACUUCUAACGCGAGACCCCAUGGACCGAAUUGUUCAAAAUUUAAUUAGCCAUGACUAGUCAAGAUCUAAUUUUAUGGCAACGAGUUGUUUUUGUUUGUAACUAAGCCAGGGUCAAGUUUAGUUUUACUUGCAAUUUUUUAAUGGAGUUUCCAGCGACCCGGCCAACGGAGCCAUCUCUGGGGAAUUGCUGUUUCAGAUGUACCUCUUUCUUAUUUGAUUUGUUCGAGCACAGAUCAAGGCACGAUGUAAUCGUCAGUCUCCUAAGUACAUGAAACCUCAUUUAUCUUCCUCUUUUUCUCCUACUAAUGAAAAACUUUAAGAAAGGGGUUUAAUGAGUAUACAUUACUCUAACUCAAAACAAACGGUCAAUCUUCUUCAUGCUUUACAGAGCUUAAGAAUGGAGAAGAAAUUAUUCCUUUAACUGCGGGACUUGAGAAGAAUAUGACAUCGGUAUUUCCCCUUGGCAAACCGGAACACAAUUACACGCUAGAAGUCAGAGUGAAAGUCAUGGACGCCUAUUUACUGAGCGCAGAAACUCAGUUUUCUGUGCGGGUACGUAUCGAGAGCCUCAAAUUUUUAACGAACGUUACUUUUCCCUUUCAGUUUAUGCGGCACACAAUUAUUCGGUUAUAGAGGGAACAACAAUAGGAAUGUCUUGCUUGUUUGACACACAUGAACACUGAAGCUUUCGAGCAUGUUGUGGAAGGAAACCCCUCACCCCUUUCUCUUGCAAUCUCUCCAGGUUCUAGAACCCGUCUCUGUGGAUUACGAUCAAGUGUUCGGAGACAUGCAGGACGCUGCUGGCGACGAGGGAGGAGACCAAAAAGCGGUUCAACUAGCAGGAGCGGCAAGCUCUGUGUUGAACGCUAAAGCUGGCAAGGAAGGAGACGAUGGUGCGGGAGAAAGGGCCGCGGUAUGUAAUUGUCGUAUAUCAUGUCUCAUUUUUGCCUCGUCCCUUCCGUCAACCUUCUAAAAGUCGCUUAGAUAUGCGAUUGAAAAUUAAUGUUUCAAUUCAAGAUCACCUUCCACCGGGAGACUGCUUUUUUGGGGGUGAGGUGGGUGGAAUCCAACCUGAAAGCAUCAAAGUCAAUUUCUUCCUUCUAUUUUGACCAUCUUUGUAGUUGAUACUCUUGCAGUUGAAAUAGUUACUCUGAGAAAACGCUGUCAAUUGAGCCUCAUGUGAACUUUAGACUGUGUAUUGGUUUUCAGUUCCGUGGCAAGGUAGCUGGUCAGUUAAGUCAGCUCCCUGUCAAAGAUUUUGACGGUGUAGCCAUGAAGGGAGAAGCUCUCAACUCACUGACAUCAGCGACUGGUGAGGUGGACGAGGACGCUCAGGUAAACGAGUGCAGUGAUGCAUUUAAAUAUUUUUAUUCAUUUAGUAAUCAUGCUAUGUAAUAGUGUAUGAUAUCAAUACGCAGAACGCGAAAUAGAUGAAAAUAAAAAAAAGGGAGAGAUGGAGCGCCAAGAGGAUUGGGGCGCGUGUGCGCGACGAGGGUCGUGCCGUUUAUUUGUGAUACAACUUGUGGAUGGCACAGCCGCGAUAUACUGCUAAUUUAAAUGCUCCUUUUCCAAUUUUGAAAUGAUGAUGUUCAAAGGACAAGAACUGGACAUAAUUAUGUGCUGUAGAACGAAACAAAAACACCAACGUUCAUCUUUGUGUUGUAAUAAUUCGUGCACUUUAUUUCAGUCUUGUUUUCAUCGCAGUACGAUACAAAAGCCGUAAACGACAGUAAUAAUUUACGCAAAGAGAUGGUCCUCGGAGAUGAACUAUCGUCGGGUUAUAGUAACUGAAGAGGAAUCACGAGGGAUGAAUGAUAAAAAAAAUCAGCCAGGAAAAGGGACAGAAAUUCCGCACCGUUGAUGAAUACCGGAUUCGUCGGACCAACUUUGAAAUAAAUGCAAAGGCAUUUCAACAUUUGAGCAAACACGUCAUACCGGUUUUUUUUCUUUUUUAACAGAACGCUACAGUGAAUGCGUUAGGAGAAAUGGGUGACUUCCUAACGAGUAGUGACAGCGCACGUGACGUGGAAAAUGUAGCAAAAAGCCUGGGUUCCGCUAUUGGCAAUGUAGUAGGAGCGUCGAUUGACUCAUAUCAAAAAGCCGCUAAUGGAACGUCUUCGGGAGAUCCAGUAUGUGUUAUUAUCGUUAUCCACAUGAUUAUCAUUAUUUUUACUAUCAAAAUCUGAGUGUGGUUAUCGUAACUACUUGGCUUAGAACUCAUUAUUACGACCGAGCAAUGUUAGAAUGUUUUAUCUAUCAAUUUUAUCAUUACUUCCAUAGAGCAAAAGUCGAAACAAUACCAAAAACGCUCUUGGCGUGGUAGACAAAGUCAGUGGUGCCCUUAUGAAGCAGCUUGCUGCAGGAGACAAACCAAAGUCGAUAUCAUCGCCAAAUUUGGAUAUGUCUGUUGGAAGGAAGACUUUGGAUGACAUCGGUGGCGAGAAUGACGACGAAGAUGCCGAGGAAGGGGAGGGAAUGGGUGGAGUCAAAUUACCCGACCCUAUGGCGAUCUUUGGAGGAGCUAAUGCCUCCGUGGAAGAUGGAGCUACAAGCGCCAUUGGCUCGACGGUCUGUACAUCAAUUAAUGAAAAAAUCUGUCAUUCUUUUCAUGUAUCAUCUUUUAGUCACUCCGUGCGUCUUAUUUAGCGAGCCGAAAUGUAAACGUGGCUAGAUUUGAUUUAUGAUGUCGAAACAACACGUUACUGGCGCUGUUUUGUUCUUGAAUUCUUUGGUAAAACAGGCAAACGGCUGAACCAUUGACUUGUUUUAUUCUUGUGUGUGUGCCUUCAACUAACGUCAUUUAAAGAGGAAUCGUGUGAAUUGUCUCGAGAUUGAGCUCAAAAUUCCCUGUUGGGAGACGAAGCUGUAGUGUCCCGUUGAGCUUAUCGGAUAGUUUACCUCUGAAAGAAGUUUGCAGAUUCAAAUGUAUGUUAAAGCGUCACACGCAUCCAGGUUUGAUGAGUACUUUCAAAGUUUUUACGUAAGGUCUGUCCUUCCCGUAACCGUGUUCAACCUAAUUUGUCUACUUAGCUUUCUGCGAUGGACAAGAACCCGUUUGCAUGGGAUAACAGUUCUAGCGAUUUGAAUUCCAAAACAGUUGGAUUAUCACUCACUGAUGGUAACGGCAAGCCGCUGGAUCUAGCAGGGCAACAAUUGGAAAUGUUCGUUCCCCGAAACCUCAAGAUAAACCCCGUUAAACCCAUGGAGCUCAAUCACUAUGCAGACGACGACCCUCCAAUGCGUAUUCAUAAAUUCAAUCGUUCAAGUAUAGAGGCCGCCGUUGCCAUAGAGAUGAAAUUCUUUCACCCAGAUAUCAAAUUUAUGGUGGCGGUGAGGUACGAAAAAAAACCAACUGCAAACCACUACGAUUUUGCGCACACUUUCCCGACUCAGGCGGAAGCAAAGAAAAUGAAGAAGCGGCCACACCCAUUUACGUAUGUCAUUCCGCAUGUGCUACUCAACCCUCUUCUCAUUAGAGGACAAAACGAAAGCGAUAAUGGUACAGAUACGGCAACUCUGCUGGCUAACGUGACAAUCAAGCAGUUUUAUUUAGGUGUGAAAGCUAUAAACAAAGAUGCGCUGAGUGACGCGAACACCAGCUAUGCCAUGCGAAUCUAUCUGCCUUCAUGCAAAAUGUUUGAUGAAGAUAAAAACACUUGGACAACAAAAGGCUGUAAGGUAACUAUAUUUGAUUUUUUUUUGUUUUGGGACGGGGGGCGCAGGAGGGUCUGUGAUCAUCGUGUUAUUCUUCGAUUAGGAGUUGAAAUAAGUGCCAAUAAAUGAACGACAGAAUUCAUGAAUUCAUCAAAGCUCAACUACAACGGACUGGCCUCGUUCCCUGAGAAUGUUAUAAUAUUCCCCUUCGUUCUACGCCAUACAAACCAAGGCAAGCCCACUUUUUAUGAAAAGGCUGGAUCAGUCCAAUUUUUAGAAAAUAUUUUGUUAGUUUUACUGAUUCAUUUUGUAGGAGUUCCAAAAGAGCCUUAAUGGCGUACUUCUUCGCCAACAUUGAUGAAGAUUUUUAUGAACUUUGAUAACUAGUUUGCAUCUCUUUAUGAUUUUUCUAAGUACCAUGAUUUGUAUACAAGGUAAAAUGGUAAAAAGGACGAGUGCCAGACUAGUCACUGAAGAACUACUUAAAUAAACUUGACUCCAGCGACUACGUGUAAAGGAAGUCAGCAAAAAAUUCAUUCAAAAUGUCACAAUUACUGCAAUACUUUAUGAUACUUAGCUUAAAUUUUAACUUUCCAACGCCAGGUUGGACCAAAGACUAUUGCUAACAGCACACAUUGUUUAUGUACACCCGGAGAAGACGAGGAGGAAGAGGUUGAGGAAGAAGUUGAAGCAACAACCGAGGCACCGACAGCAGCCGCCUCAAGUGGGGAUGCACAGCCUGUUAAAAAGGUUAUAAAGCGACGACGAUUCAGAAAAAGUGUCAACAAAGUGAAUAUUGCGAGUGAGUUUCACUUAUUCUUUCUCGUGAGAACUUAAUAUUUUAGCAUGUUUGAUACUGCAAAGCGCAAAAGUUAACUGCUCAUAUAAACGCGGGAAAACCUAUUUCUAAUACACUUAUCCUUAGGUCUGCCUAUAAACUUUUUAUCAUCACUGUUCUAUCUUUAUUGACUCCAGUAACAUUUUUAACACAUUAUUUGAGACAUAACUGCACUUAGACUAACCAAUCGAUUGCCUGUAGGUGAUGGAUGUAUUCACGUCAAUGGAUUCUCGAUUGGUCGUUGUAGUGACUUAUUGUUAAUGUUACUUGUUAGGUAGCAUGUUCGUGGCGCCAAACCCGAUCGACUUCAACAAGGUGUUCAACGCUAACCUGGCGGAGAAUCCUAUCGCUUUGGCAGUUGUUUGUGGAAUAUUUGGGGUUUACCUGGUAUUGGCUAUUUAUGCACGCAGAGAAGAUUUAAAGGAUGUUGAACGGGUAUGAAUGACGUUUAAUAACUCGGAGACCAUAGGCCAGUCUUCAAGUCCACUCGAGGAAGAUCCUUAAGAGCUGGAAACAAUUACACGGUUUCCGUGUUGCAUACUGAUGCCGAUUUGUCCGUAACGUAAUGUAUCCUCUUAAAUAACUGGUUACGAGGAAGAGUAGCUGUAAAAAAAUCCAUUUACGAAAAAAAAAAAAAAAAUUCCAAACUCUGUAGAAAAUAUGCAUUAAACUUGUUAAAUGAACCACAACAUUUGGCUAAGAUAACAAACUCCAAAACUUCUUAAAAUUCCAAACUAAGGGAUAACAAAUUUGCGCGUACGAAUGCUCAUGCAAAAACAAACUAAACUCCGUGGAAACAAACAACAAAAGUACGCAAAAAAUGUCACCGUCGGGUUUUUAAUGUCAAGGUAAGAGUUCUUCAGCGUGAUUGGCUAAUUUGUGAAAUCACUCGCACUGCGCGUGAAUACAAAAAGAAUACAAAGGGAGGAGAGGAAGAUAAACAUUGUUAUUUAAAAUUUAAAAUCGAAAGAGAUUUUGUAUAAUACACAUUAGGAGCAGAAAUGAUAGAUUGGAGGGGUUAUACCCGGAGUUGCAUUGAAACUUCACUAAAAAGAGAGCUCUCCUUGCGCUUUCUCACGCUUCAACUCCAGAAUUAUUUCCUCUCUCAUGCACCUUCAGCCUAACAGCGCAGUCUCUACGCGCGACAUCUGUUGGAUUAUAGGGCCCAUUUACUCCCUCGUACAGGACAAAACAAAAUUCCCUGAUUCCUUUGUACCAGUCAGUUGUGAACUCCUCUUUUUUUUAAUUGCAAUUAUAUUUGGAAAUUUCAGGCAGGAGUAACUCCUCUGGAGGACAACGAGUCAUUUGACCAAUACCAUUACGAGAUAACAGUUUACACGGGGUUCGGAAAACGUGCAGGAACUACAGCCGAAGUCAGUUUUAUUCUCUCCGGAGAUGAAGGUGAAAGUGAGCCCCGUCUGCUUAAAGAUCCUAAACGUAAGACGUUUCAGCGACGUGGCGUCGACGUAUUCUUGGCAACGUUCCCAGAAAGUUUUGGUGAGCUGAACUACUUGCACCUGUGGCACAAUAACGGAGGUAAAUUAUUUUUGGUGAGAUUUUUCGUGAGUUAUGUGACGACUUUCGAAUAGGAAUUAAAGAUGUUCCAAAACUGAUCGUAUGAUCCUAUGUAGCAAUAAAAUGUCAAAUGAAAUAAUUUAGCUUGCUAAUGAAUGGUUAAUCAAUCUCGUUUCUACCGUUCAAUGGAUUGAAAGCGUACGCAUUAUGCACAACAAAACCGAAAACAGACCUAGCGAUACAGCAACCCAAUUUUCUUUGCAUUAUAAAAGUCUUAAAAGUUGUGUUAUAUCGAGUUUCCAAAGUAUAGUACAGGUCAUAAAUCAAACCACAUCCGUUUUUGACUCUGAUGCCUUCCUUUUGGCGGUAGGUCGCUCACCUUCAUGGUAUGUCAGUCGUGUCGUGGUUCACGAUCUCAACAACGACAAGAAAUUCUUGUUCAUCUGCGAGAGUUGGCUCGCUGUUGAGGAAGGCGACGGUGCAGUCGACAGACUUAUUCCUGUGGCAGGCCUCGAUGAAAUGACAAGUUUCAACCACCUGUUUUACUCUACUACACAGAAAAACCUCGCAGACGGCCAUCUCUGGUUCUCCGUCUUCAUGCGGCCAGCGAAAAGUCGUUUCACGCGACUUCAGCGCAUUAGCUGCUGUUUAACCCUUUUGUACUGUUCUAUGAUCACAAACGCCAUGUUUUACCAGGUUGGAGGAGAAAGCGAUCCUGCCUCUACCAUACAGAUAGGACCUCUGGCUUUUAGUCCCGCUCAAAUUGGGAUUGGUAUUAUGAGCAGCUUGAUCGUCGUGCCUGUUAACCUCUUAAUCGUGGGAAUCUUCCGUAAUGUCGAAGCGAAGCCAACGAAAGAAGAGCUCAGAGAGCGACGCAGUAAAAGAACAUGUUGGUGGUUCCAAGAGUUGUUCUUCUGCUUCUUCGACUUCAAUAAAAACAACAAAAACGAUUUUAUCGAAAUCCUUCAAAGGGACUCGAAAAAAGAGGAAACAUUUUUGGACUUUAGCUCCAAAACGAAUUUGACUGUAAACGAUGAGAUUCUAUUAGCUGAGGGUGUCGAAUCAGAAGAUAUUAGUUUUAGAAUCUCUAAACAGGAGCGAAAAGAAGAGAUGGAGAAAAAGCAGAAGAAGAAAAAGAAGAAGAAGAAGAGGUUGUUGCCCUAUUGGUUUCUUUACAUUGGCUGGGUUAUCUGCUUUCUGACGUGUUUUACAACAGCUUUUUUCUGUGUCCUCUAUGGACUACAAUUUGGUAAAGAAAAAUCUGCUCAAUGGAUCUCAUCCAUGUUGAUCUCGUUUUUCCAAGAUGUCCUUAUCAGUCAGCCCAUCAAAAUCCUCGCAGUCGCACUUAUAAUUGCAGUUAUCAUUAAGAAACCUGCGGAGGAAGAGGAAGAAGAGGAAGGAGAUAAGAAAAAGCUUGAUGACGAAGACUGGCUGCACGACGGUCCAAGAGGUCAGUAAGGUCACAGUAUCCUUACCAAACCGUUCACGGCUUCUUUCUCAUCUUGUAGAUUCUGCAAGUCUCCCCUGAGCCCCCUCUCCCCAUUUUUCUUUCACGUUAAAUUGUGACGAACCACACUCUAUGAUUUCAAGUAUCGUCUCUCAAAACUACCAACUAACGUUUAACCCUUUUCCCUUUUUCCAGAAUCCGGCGACAGAAGAAUGAAACCAAAGACGCUUAUUCGUUUACAGCCACCCGACAAGUCGAAACUGGAGAAAGCCAGACAACUCAGGUAUACUUACUUAAAAUCGCUCAAUCAUUUGAAUCAGUUUAUCAGCAUGACCCUAAUAACCAACGAGGGGUCGUUGGAUUUCAAUGAAAGCGAUUUAGAGCUAAUUCUCUUUUUUCGUUGAUUGCUUUUGGCCUGAAAACGAUGGAGACGAAUGCCGUUCUUACACAUCUAUUUAUAGUUAUGGAUCGUUUACUUUCCUAAGAGGUAACUUUCUUUUUAACAGAAUUAUACGUUUUCUUUCCUUUUUUUUUUUUUUCAGAUUUAAAGAAAUGAAAAUGAAUGCAAUCAUCAAGGAAGUUGCGUUGUACGUGUUUUUCGUGGCCUGCCUGUGCAUUGUCAGCUAUUCUCACAGGGAUCCUACUUCCUUUGCCUUUAGGGAAGAAAUGUAUAAUUCGUUCGUAGAGGGAGUUCAUGGAGGCCAAAAGAGCUUCUCAGCGGUAAGCAUGUCGUCCAGGUCUCCGCUGUACACAAGUGAUAGGCACGAUAGUUUAAAAGGCUACGGUUAAUAAAACAUGGUCAUACCUGCAUACCUGACUGUCGUGGUAAAAAAUAACAACCGUGCAGUUACCUAACACAGUUGCACAGGAUAUCAGCUGUAGCCCUCUUUGCAGAGGAUGAGUAUGAAGCCUUUAUUGUAUGUACUAACCACAUGUUCCAUUUUUACUGAUCCCAUGUAGAUUGGAAGCCGAGAAAAUUUCUAUCAGUAUGCCAAGACGACACUGAUGAAUGCCUUGUACACCACAGCAUUGUAUAAUGGAGAUGACACGGAGCCUGGCUACACUGCAGAUUUGACAGCAUACAUUGUGGGAAUGGCAAGACUGAGACAGCUCAGAGUUAAAAACUGUAGGUUGUUAAAUUAUUGGAGAGUAAGAAAAAUCUUAAUGCACAUCCUGAAAAAAAAAAACAAAUAGAUCGUGGUGAAAAAAAGGAGAGGUCGUCCACGUCGUUUAAGAGUAGUUGGUCUUCAAGAAAAGGUCACCUCAGUGCGUUAGUGGACGGGCGCGUUAAUCUCACGUAUUUACACCCGCUGCAGGGCUUUAUGGCAACUGAUGAGAAGUCUCACUCGGAUUUCACCAAAAAAACGUUUUCACAGGGUAGCAAAAGCGAAAUCGCAUAGUUAUCAUUUUAGUUUGAGUGACUCAUAGUAAGAAAGAGACCUUUAGACUAAUAGCGCGAUUUAUUCUUUGCAACAGACUCCUGUGAGGUAGCAUCAGACUUCACACCUUUCAUCGACGAAUGCAAUGACUGGUAUGGUUUUUUUGCCGAGGAGAAAGGCCAGUUUGAUAUUGGAUGGGAGCCACUCAAAAACGAGUCCUUGUACAUUCCGCCAUUCACUUACCAGGCGUGGGAAUUCAACACAUCGGAUGAACUGGACACAUUACCUGUGAUGGGUGAGACAUGUGUACAGUUUUUAUAGGAGACACUUCCAAUUAAGAACUCUUGUUUUUCUGUUUCUUUUCUUCUAAUUUUUGGAGACAUUGUUCUUUACGUAAUCACAUUCUAAACGCUGAUAACAAAAUAGGAUAAAAUUUAAGAUUUAUUGCUUUCCUGUAUAAUCUCUACAUAAUCUUCUUUUAUCCUCCUAGGAUUCGUGUCGACAUAUGGUGGGGGAGGAUUUGUCGCAGAAUUAGGAUACACCAGAGAGAACGCCACGAAAAUUAUUCAGACCCUGGAGGAAAACAAAUGGAUUGAUUCACAAACCCGGGCUGUUAUCUUAGAAAUAGCCACAUAUAACCCUGUAGUAAAUCUGUUCUGCGUUAUGACUCUAAUUGUAGAAUUUCUCCCUACCAACGGAGUGUUCUUGUUUACUGACCUGAAGAUUGCUCGCCUUUUCACCUUCGGAGGUGGUUUUGAAUCAUUUCUUGUGGCUUGCGAGUUUUUCAUCCUCCUUUUCUUUACUGUGUUCAUUUAUCAGGAGCUCAAGCAACUAUACAGGCUUCGGAAGGGAUACUUCAAAGAGUUCUGGAACUACAUCGAAUUUGUGAUGAUCAUAUUGGUGUUCACGUGCGUGGGUAUGUUUUUCACGCGUACGAUGCUCGUGAACCAAGCAAUUACCAGCCUCGAAGAAAAUCCAGGAAAAUACGUCAGUUUUGGCCGAGUAGCUUCCUGGAACGAAGUUUUCAUGUACAUGGUGAGCAUGGUGGUGUUCACUGCUUGGAUAAAAGGAAUUAAGCUCCUACGAUUUAACCGUCGUAUUACGAUUCUGGCGCAAACCUUAAGAGGCUCUGCCGGUCCUUUGGCUGCAUUUUCCGUUGUCUUCUUGGUAUUCUUCCUCUCUUACUCGCUGUUUGCUUUUGCGGUUUUCGGCAAGGACAUUUCUGAUUUUUACAACUUUGUUUCUACUUGCGAGACUGUGAUGGGAAUUUUACUCGGCUCAUUUGAUUACAGGGCUAUCGAAGAAGCGGCUCCUAUUCUUGGGCCCAUAUUCUUUUUCACCAUAAUGGUCUUUGGCACAUUCAUUUUGAUGAAUAUGUUUUUGACCAUCGUAUUAGACGUGUUCUCCGAAGUGAAAGAGUCCAUCGACGAUCAAGAAAACGAGUACGAGAUUGUCGACUUUAUGAUCCGGCGCUUUAGGAAGUUCACCGGCAUGCAGCCAAACAAGGUUAUGAUUGACUCCGAGGAGCCGAUGGAGAAGAAAGACAUCGAGGAAGAAACUAAUAAAGACCUACUGGCCCUGAAUAACAAGAAAAAGCUAAGAGCUAAGAGAAAGUCUAAGCCAAUGGAUCUGGUGGCGCAACGCUUCACAAGACUGGAGACAUCGCUGAGUGGUUUUUAUUGUGAGGAGUGGGCUGAGGAGCGCCUGCUGGAUCACAUAGUGGGGAGGAGGUGGGGAGUCAAUGCUGAGGCUGCUUACGCUCAGGCAGAUGCUGAGUUACACGAGGAGCAACAGAUGGAACAGCUGCGCCAGGAUAUGUACGCUGCAGCUGAACGGUUUGACGCUGGUGAAGGAGCAAUUAAUUUGAACUUCGAGGAUGAUAUUUUUGAACCUUGGGAUUCGACUGAUGCUUAA